AGGUGCUUCUGCGUUUGCGCCUUCUUCCGGCAUCGAGCAGCGAGUCCGCUGGUAUUGAGGUGGUAAUCGGGCUGUGGGCAGUAGCAGCCGGACCAAGGAGGAAACAAAUGGAGGAUCCGGAGCUAUCCGGAAGCUUCGCAGGUUCAGAACUCUUCAGGGAUGUGGCCAUAAUUUUCUCCCAAGAGGAAUGGGAGUGCCUGGAGCCUGCUCAGAAGGACUUGUACAGAGAUGUGAUGCUGGAGAACUGCGGCCAUCUCGUCUCCCUGGGUCUUCCCAUAUCCAAACCUGAUGUGAUAGCCAUCUUAGAGCAAGGAAGGGAGCCUUGGCUAGAGGAGAGGGCCACAGCAGGAGGCCUGUGUUCAGCAUUGGAAUCCGGAUACGGUGCCAAAAUACUGUCUGCAAAGCCACGCGUUAAUGAAACGGAGUCGCCACAGUGGGUGAAAAUGGGAGGCCUUGCAAGCUGUGCUCUUGAGAGCUUGAGCUUCCAGGAUGAUGGGGAAGACAAAGGCCUGUCUGACAGACAACCCGGAAAGCCAGACAGAAAUGCCAGUCCUGUGUUAGUCAGUCAUGAGGAAAUGCCCACUUUACACCAGCAAGCACCUCUUACUUUUUCCCAGAGAAAGUCCUGUCAAUAUAACACAUGCAAAAAAGAUUUGUGGCACAAGGAAUUCUGUAUUAAUCAAGGAAUUCCUACUACUGAGAAGGCCUACACAUGUAGGGAGUGUGGGAAGGCCUUUAAGUAUGGUUCACGACUAAUCCAGCAUGAGAAUAUUCAUUCUGGCAAGAAGCCUUAUGAAUGUAAAGAAUGUGGGAAGGCCUUCAAUUCUGGCUCAAAUUUCAUACAACACCAGAGAGUUCAUUCAGGUGAGAAACCUUAUGAAUGUAAAGACUGUGCUAAAGCCUUCAGUCGAAGCUCACAGCUGAUUGAGCAUCAGCGAAUCCAUACUGGGGAGAAACCCUAUCAAUGUAAGGACUGCAGCAAGGCCUUCAAUCGGAUCUCGCAUCUUAAAGUACAUCACAGAAUUCAUACUGGUGAAAAGCCCUGUGUGUGUAAGGAGUGUGGGAAGACCUUUAGUCAUAGGUCUCAGCUGAUUCAACAUCACACUGUUCAUACUGGCAAGAAACUCUUUGAAUGUAAAGACUGUGGGAAGGCUUUUAAUCAAGGAUCCACUCUUAUCCGACAUCAGCGAAUUCAUACUGGAGAGAAACCUUAUGAGUGUAAGGCAUGUGGCAAGACCUUUAGAGUGAACUCGCAGCUUAAGCAACAUCAGAGAAUUCAUACUGGAGAGAAACCUUACCAGUGUAAGGUUUGCAAUAGGGCCUUCAAGCGGGUCUCCCAUCUCACAGUCCACUAUAAAAUUCAUACACAUGAGAAGCCAUAUGAGUGUGAGGAAUGUGGGAAGGCCUUCAGUCAUUGCUCACAACUGAUUCAACAUCAGAUGAGCUAUUCCAAGGAAAAGCCCUACAAGGGAUGUGGGAGGAGUUGUAAAGAGUGUAAGAAAGCCUUCAGCCAGAAUUCAUACCUCAUUGUACAUCAAAGAAUUCAUACUGGAGAAAAACCAUAUAAGUGUAAGGAAUGUGCAAAAUCCUUCAGGCAGCCUGCACACCUGGCUCAGCAUCAGAGGAUUCACACUGGGGAGAAACCCUAUAAGUGUAAGGAAUGUGGGAAAGCCUUUAGGGAUAGCUCUACCUUUGCUCAACAUCAGAGGUGUCACAACGACAAACGACCCUUUCAGUGUGUUGAGUGCGGUCAAGCCUUCAGGUAUAACAUGUCCCUUACUCGUCACUUUAGGCAUUAUCACACUGGAGAGAAGCCAUUUGAUUGCACUGAUUGUGGGAAAGUGUUCAGUGUUCACAUAGGACUUACUUUGCACAGGAGAAUUCACACUGGAGAGAAACCUUACAAAUGUAACGUGUGUGGAAAAGCAUUUCGCAGUGGGUCAUCCCUGACGGUACACCACAGAAUUCAUACAGGUGAGAAGCCUUACAAAUGUGAUAUUUGUGGGAAAGCCUUCAGCCAUAGCAUGUCACUCACUGGCCAUCAAAGAGUACAUUCUGGAGAGAAACCUUAUAAAUGUAAGGAAUGUGGGAAAGCUUUUCGGCAGAGUAUACAUCUUGUUGUCCAUUCAAGAAUUCAUACUGGAGAAAAACCAUAUGAAUGUAAGGAAUGUGGGAAAGCUUUUAGAGAAAGUUCACAGCUAACCACGCAUCAGAGAAACCACACAGGAGAAAAACCUUUUGAAUGUAAACAGUGCGGUAAGUUUUUCAAAAGAAGUACCUAUCUUGCCAGACAUCAGAAGAUCCAUACAGGAGAGAAACCUUAUGAGUGUAAUGAAUGUGGGAAAACUUUCACGCAUACUGCCUACCUUGUAAGACAUAAGAGAGUUCAUACCGGAGAGAAACCUUACAAAUGUACCGAAUGUGGAAAGGCGUUUGGUGAUGGCUCAUCCCGUGCUCAGCACCAGAGACUUCACACAGGUCAGAGGCCCUAUGCAUGUGAUAAAUGUGGAAAGGCAUUCCGAACAAAGUCAUCCCUUAAUUGUCACCAAAGAUGUCAUAUUGAAAAAACCUGAAAACUAUAUCCCCUCUGGCAAAUCCUUUAG